AAUAAAAUAAAAGAAGAAUAAACAGGCCAGAGUGGGGCUGCUAAAAGCUUCGGUAUUUAUGCAGUUUGCGUUUAUGGAUUGGAGGAGGCCGAGGCUCUAAAAGUCGCCGUUGCAGAAAAUCGUUCCCUGCGUCGAAGUUACUGAAACAACCUUCUCCAGGUCCCUAAUUUACUCUCUAUUCCGAUGAGAACAACUUCACUCUCACUUCCAUGGCCGUCUCCCUCUCGAACCUUCGCUCUCUCUGCACCCCAUAUCUACCACACGGAAAAACUCCUACCACCUACAGCUCCAGAGGAUCAGUGUUCAAUCCUAGAACCAAAACCCAGUUUCCAGCUCUACGCGUCGCAUUCAAACGCCAUCCUUUCCAGUUCGGAAAUCAUGCUCUCAUGGGUGGACUAUUUGCGCCGGGAGCAGAAGAAGAAGACCAAGAUAAAACUAUUCGGUUAUGGGGGAUUAUUCAGAAAUGGGUUGAAUUUGUUGGGUCGGUAAUGCCGGGAGGUAGUUGGUGGAGUUUAUGCGAGAGUGAGGAAGAGCAAGUAGCGAAACCCGUUACGCUUCUGUUCGCUCUUCGUCGAUUGUGGAACUUGGUUGAAGAUGAUAGAUGGGUUAUCUUCGUUGCGUUUGGUGCUUUAAUCAUCGCUGCACUUUCGGAGAUUUCUAUGCCAAGUAUAUUGACAGAGUCUAUAUUUUCCGCACAGAGCGGGCAGACCACCGUGUUCACUAGGAAAUCGCAGUUAUUAGUUAUUUUGUGUUUAACGUCGGGGAUAUGCAGUGGCCUUCGGAGUGGCUGUUUUGCUGUUGCAAAUACCAUCUUGGUCAGGCGCCUCAGAGAAACUGUAUAUUCUACUAUUAUCUCUCAGGAUAUCAACUUUUUCGACAGAGAAGGAGUUGGUGACUUGACAAGCAGGCUCGGGGCAGAUUGUCAACGGCUGUCUGAUAUUAUUGGAAAUAACAUUAAUUUAAUCUUAAGGAAUGUUCUUCAGGGAACUGGGGCGUUGAUCAAUCUAUUGAUGCUAUCUUGGCCUCUUGCAUUAUCUGCAUUGUUGAUAUGCUCUCUCUUAUCUGCAAUUUUUGUUGUUUAUGGCAAGUACCAGAAGAAAGCUGCAAAGGUGACCCAAGAUUUCACUGCCGGUGCCAACGAAGUUGCACAAGAAGCACUUUCUUUGAUGAGAAUUGUUCGGGUUUAUGGAGCAGAAAGCAAGGAACUUGGAAGGUUCAAGCAGUGGCUGGACAAAUUAGCUUCCGUAAACAUGCGAGAAAGUGUAGCUUAUGGAAUCUGGAAUCUGAGUUUUAAUUCCCUUUACCGUUCAAUGCAGGUUCUUGCAGUUCUUUUUGGGGGAAUGUCAAUGCUGAGUGGUCAUAUCUCUGUUGAGCAACUAACUAAGUAUAUCUUGUACUGUGAGUGGCUAAUUUAUGCAACUUGGAGGGUGACAGACAAUGUAUCAUCAUUACUACAGUCGGUCGGAGCGAGUGAAAAGUUUCUCCAGUUAAUGGAUCUUCUGCCCAGUGACCAGUUCUCUUCAAAAGGUGUCAAAUUGCAGAUUUUAAUGGGACAAGUCCAAUUUGUGAAUAUAUCAUUUCACUAUCUUACAAGGAUAAAAGUUCCUGUUCUAGAUCGUGUAAACCUUUCUAUAUAUCCAAAUGAAGUGGUUGCGAUUGUUGGUCCGAGUGGUGGUGGAAAAAGCACUUUAGCCCAUCUUUUGCUUCGUCUAUAUGAGCCAAUUAAUGGACAGUUGCAGAUUUACGUUGAUGGUUUUCCUCUUAGAGAAUUGGAUAUCCGAUGGCUGAGAGAAAAAAUUGGUUUUGUUGAACAGGAAGCUCAUCUGUUUCAUAUGGAUAUCAAGUCGAAUAUUAAAUAUGGAUGCAGAGGAGACAUUAAACAAGAAGAUAUAGAAUGGGCUGCAAAGCUGGCCUAUGCUCAUGACUUCAUCUUGUCUCUUCCUAAUGGCUACGAAACCCUUGUUGAUGACAAUUUACUUAGUGGGGGACAAAAGCAACGGAUUGCCAUUGCUAGGGCAAUUCUUAGAAACCCUUCAAUCUUGAUCCUUGAUGAAGUCACCAGUGCCCUUGAUUCCCAAAGUGAAGAUUAUGUCAAGGGGGUCCUUCAUGAAUUCAAAAAUGAUAUUAAAGCAAAACGAACAGUCAUUAUCAUAGCACAUAGGCUCUCAACUAUAAGAAAUGCUGACAGAAUUGUUGUAAUGGACAGUGGCCGAGUUAUAGAGAUAGGUGACCAUGCAGAGCUCAUUCGAAAAGACGGGUUGUAUUCAAAGUUGGUGAGAGCUCAAGCAGAGGGUUUGGUUUGAUUCACGACCAGGUUACUGUACGUGGCUUCAUUAAUAUCACACUUUUGUAUUAAAAUCAAAACGAGCUUAUUUGUGGGGUUAUUUGUAUUUGAUUCUAAAAGCGGCAACGAAAAAUCUGAAAUUUCAUUAGAUAUGAUCUAUACAAGGACCUGCCAUGUUUAUAGUUGCUU